CCCAGUUCUCAAACACACGACCCCGCGAGUCGAACCUUAUGCCGCAAUUCGUAAACCAGGAAUAGCCAGACCGGCGACCGGGGAGGUUCUGACUCCUGGAUCCCGUCCAGAGUAACCGGCGCCGCUACCGUCUCCCUUCUACUUUUUCACUCCUGGUCUUCUCUUCGGCUUCUUCCCUCGCGCUAUCCCACUCGCCUGAUCCAAAUGCGAUCUAGAGCGACUCUCUCCUCCGCGCUUAUUUCCUCCCUCCCCACGCUCUCCUCUUCGCCAAUAGAGUAAAGAAGGGGAAGAGAGAUCGAAUCGCGACCGCCAGAACUUGAGGAUGAUACUGCCGGUGGUGAAGCUGGGAACUCUGGCCUUGAAGACGCUCUGCAAGCCCAUCGCCAAUCGGCUCAAGAAAGAGGCUGGCAUCCACCCUAAGUUCCGUCAAUUCAUCAUUAACAUCGCUCAGGUCAACCAUCGUGUCACCACAAACAUACAAAGACGCAUUUAUGGUCAUUCAACUGAUGUUGCGAUCCGGCCUUUGAAUGAGGAGAAAGCUGUUCAAGCUGCUGCUGACCUUAUUGGGGAACUCUUUGUCUUUUCGGUUGCUGGGGCUGCUUUAAUCUUUGAGGUACAAAGAAGUGCAAGGUCGGAAGCUAGAAAGGAGGAAAUUCGCAAGCAAGAGAUUGAGGCAAUGAAACAAAGAGAGGAGGAUCUGGCAAGAGAGCUAGAGCUACUCAAGCAGAAGCUCAAUGAAAUAGAGCAGCUUGCCAAGGGACGAGGCCUUUCAGGCAUUCUCAACUUCAGGCAUGGCCAUGCACUUGAAGAAAGCAAGUCAGCGAGACCUGCUUGAUUAGUUUGAUCAGGUUCUAGUUUGCUGAACUUAAACAGCUUGAGCACAACGCUGUGUUGUUGCCUGUUUAUUGAGUACUCAUUCUUCUGUUUCGAGUAGGGUUAUUUUUGGCUAACCCUGUCAUUAUGGUUCUUUACACCAAUUCCUUUUUUGUUUGUAACUAUUGCUGAUUCAUUGGCAAGUGCCGGUGCUUAUCUUUUAUCCUUGUUGCCUCAUUGGUCACUAUGGCAAUGUAAGAUGCAUUAAGCUUCAAUUCAUAAACCUGGAAUAAUCAGUAAAUAAAUAUUAAGGAUAGGGAGUUGUAGAAGGAACUUGUCAUAAUGUGAUCUCUGAUUGGAACCA